UCCGUAACCUCGUGGUUCAACAUGGGCUUCGACAACGACCCGGUCGCCUCGGUGAUCGGCGUCUCCGGCAACGCAGUCACCUACGCCAUCGCCUGCGCGCCCGACACCGACGCCGACGACUGCGGCCUCUACCCCUCCAUGACCAUCACCGCCGGCCCCGCCACCCUCGCCUACUCCUACACCGUGCAAACGGACUCUGCCUCCGUCGCCACCGAUCUCGAGGACGAGUACGACACCUACGGCAACGAGUUCCUGAUCGAUUGCAAGCUGGACGGCACUACCCGCGCGAGCUGCCAUGCUAGUGUCGGCGGGAAGAACGCUAAGGCCCCCACGGAUACGACGACUACGCUCGCCAGCGAGGACAUGUCGUUUGGGCCUUUGACGAUCACGGCGGGCUUGGAGAGGCUGGCGGCAAGGACGGCGAGCGCGUCUGCGAGCGGUGCGUCUAGCACGGGUGCGAGC